UGAAAAUCCUAUGAUAUUAAUACAUCUACUUAUUUGCUGUAUCCUGUAGUAGAGGAAACUGUCAGAAUUCCAAUACCAAUAUUACCAUUAAUAACAAAACCAAAGCCUGAAAAAUAAAGCCUGAAAUGAAGCAUUCGACCACCAGAAUUUCCCCAGCAAAGGUGAACAACUUAGCAGGAAAAGCCCUGGUAAAAUCUCCCAGUUUGAGAAAAUCCCAACAGAAGGUCGAAGAAGUUUGCCAGAUGUAUUUUAUGAAGCUACGCUCUGGCCAUAUUAUAGAAAACAGGGCCUGUUACUUCAGGGAAAGAACCAUCAAAAGGCAUCCACCAAAAACACGUAGAAAGUACAACAAGCAACAUCUGGUAAUCACUCCCUAUCAGCAGCCCCCUGAAGGGCCUUCAAAGAACUUUGCCUUUGAUGUACAGCCAGCUAACAGAAGUGCUUCAGAGAAUUCUUUUUCCCUGAGCACCUACAAUGAUCAAUUCGUUACUUUUGCUUUUGCGGAUGGAAGUUAUGAGAUCUAUGUUGAAGAUCUUGGAAAAAAAACAAGAAAAAGACAAGGUGUUAUUCCGUUACUAUGGCUCACACUCACCUAUAAGUCCAAGAGGGCUGGAAUGGCAGUUCUGUUGAACAAGUUGUCCAGGGAUCCAGCUCCUUCUGUCUUUGUGGCUCUGCCAACAUCUGCAUGUUUCAAGAUUACUCACCAGCAUGACAAUGUCCAAUUAGCAGGACAGAGGAACAUGGGUGAUGAUGUUGAUGGUGAGAGAUUAAUGGUAAGCCUGAGUCCUUCAAAAGACAAAGACUUCUUGCUGCAUGCCAACAACCAGGAGCACUCUGUGGAGCUACAAAAAUGUGAAAAUCCAUUGCCAGACCAGACCUUCUUUUUCCUUCAUCAGGAGCCCGGGCCCUCUUCAUGUGUUUCAUUUGAAUGUAAAAGCAAUCCUGGAGUGUUUAUAGGUGUAAAGGAUAAUCAUCUCGCUCUAAUUCAAUUAAAGGACCAAACUGAGCAUUCAAGAAGAGAGAAUAUCAAAUUUAAGCUCUCUUAAAGUUAAUGUGAUGGAAAGCUAUGAAACCUGGGUUGAGUAGCCCAAAUAGCUACCAUUGAAGAGAUUGUCAAAGA